UUGGGAUAAUAACAUUGUCCUAAGUCCGCAGAAGCGGCAACUUCGUACCAUCACUAAUGAAUUCCAUUAUAAAACCCGUCCUUCUCGUAGGUCUGAGUCAAUUAAUUUGAAAAUCAAAAUUUCAUUCUCUGCCUGAAAAGUGAAAAGCAAUGGCAUCUUCAGCAAGGAAGCUUGAGCUUCUCUGGUUCAUUCUUAUUUUCAUUUCGGUUCCAGCUUCAUCAUCACAGACACUUGUAUUGCCUCUCACACACUCAAUCUCCAAAGAGCAAUUCAACAGUACCCACAACCUCCUCAAAUCCACUGCCACCCGUUCCGCCGUCCGCUUCCACCACCAACGCCAACGUCACCGCCCGCACCAAGUUUCCCUUCCUCUCUCCCCUGGAAGCGACUACACCUUGUCCUUCACCCUGGGCUCUGGCCCGGCCCAGGCCCAUCCCAUAACCCUCUAUAUGGACACAGGCAGCGACCUUGUCUGGUUCCCCUGUGCCCCCUUCGAGUGCAUACUCUGCGAGGGAAAGCCCAGUCCAGGCCCAAGCAGGACACCAAACAUCACACGGGCCCACGCAGUGUCAUGCCAGUCUCCUGCAUGCUCCGCGGCCCACUCCUCCACGUCAUCAUCCGACCUCUGCGCAAUGGCACGUUGCCCCUUAGACGCCAUAGAAACUUCUGAUUGCAGUUCAUCGGCGUGUCCGCCAUUCUACUACGCUUACGGCGACGGAAGCUUAAUCGCAAACCUCUAUCGCCACACACUCUCUAUGUCUUCUCUCGUUCUCAAGAACUUCACCUUCGGUUGCGCCCACACGACCCUCGGUGAGCCCACCGGCGUCGCUGGUUUCGGCCGUGGUUUGCUCUCUUUUCCGGCCCAGUUAGCCACCUUCUCUCCUCAGCUCGGUAAUCGAUUCUCAUACUGUUUGGUAUCUCAUUCUUUCAACGGCGAUCGAAUUCGUCGCCCGAGUCCACUCAUUCUCGGCCGUCGCGACGGCGGGGACGAACACGGUGAGUUCGUGUACACGUCCCUGCUUCGGAACCCGAAGCACCCGUACUUUUACUCCGUCGGGCUAGCUGGAAUCUCAGUCGGGAAGAGGGAUAUUCCGGCGCCAGAGAUACUGAGGAAGGUGGACGCGACAGGGAGUGGUGGUGUUGUAGUUGAUUCCGGGACGACGUUCACGAUGUUGCCAGCGAGUUUGUAUAACUCGGUGGUGGCUGAGUUCGACCGGCGAGUGGGGCGAAUUCACAAGCGGGCGAGUGAGGUGGAGGGGAAAACGGGCCUGGGUCCAUGUUAUUACUUGGACACUGUGGCCCAGGUUCCGGCGGUGACGUUGCGUUUUGCGGGGAAUGAUUCGAGUGUGGUGCUGCCUAGAAGGAACUACUUCUACGAGUUUUUGUACGGUGAAGAUGGAGCCACGACGAAAAGAAGAGUGGGGUGCAUGAUGCUGAUGAACGGUGGUGAUGAUUCUGAGUUAAGUGGUGGGCCCGGGGCCACGCUUGGGAAUUACCAGCAGCAGGGCUUUGAGGUUAUUUACGACCUUGAAAAGCAGCGCGUGGGAUUCGCCAGAAGGCAGUGCGCGUUGCUUUGGGAUAGCCUGAACCGUGAGAAGAACUAGUGUGCUCUAUUCUGCACUGGACCACCGGAACUCUCAGUCACGGGUUCGGUUAACUGUAAAUGGGAAUAAGGCGGUGGCGGGCUUCGGUGCCCACUGCCCAUGUCCUUACUCUGUAUAGCCGAAAUUUGUACUUUUUGUGUUAAUAUUGCUCUUCAUUUUUUGGUU